CCCGCUGAGCUGCUGUCACUCAUCUGCUUGGCUCCUCCCCCUGCCUCCUGUGAGGAUCAGUGCUGGUGAAUGAGGAGAGAGUUGAUAACCGUCUCACACAGCAGAAGACAACACACACACACACACACAUACAGUCACGCAGUUCCUCUGCACAUUCAUCUUCAUCAGGACACACCUGUGUGGAUUCUUCUGCACACCUGAGGAGAGAGAGAGAGGGGGAAGAGAGAGAGAGUCAUUCCUGCACUGUGGGGUCUGGUGUGAGACGUCUGAUGUCCGGGAGGAAACACACACACCAUGGUCAUACUGCAGCAGGGGGAUUAUGUCUGGCUGGACCUGAAGACGGGUCAUGAGUUUGAGGUCCCGAUCGGAGCUGUGGUGAAGCUCUGUGAUUCUGGACAGAUUCAAGUUCUGGAUGAUGAAGGAAAUGAACACUGGAUCUCUCCUCAAAAUGCCACCAACAUCAAGCCGAUGCACCCGACCUCCAUUCACGGUGUGGAAGACAUGAUCCGGCUGGGGGAUCUGAACGAGGCGGGAAUCCUCCGAAAUCUGCUCAUCCGAUACAGAGAACACCUCAUCUAUACCAACUGUGGUGGUCGGACGUAUACGGGGUCCAUCUUAGUGGCCGUCAACCCGUAUCAGCUGCUUCCCAUUUACACAGCAGACCAGAUUCGCCUUUACACCAAUAAAAAGAUUGGAGAAAUGCCUCCACACAUCUUCGCCAUCGCAGACAACUGCUAUUUCAACAUGCAGCGCAACAACAAAGACCAGUGCUGCAUCAUCAGUGGUGAAUCUGGUGCUGGAAAGACAGAAAGCACCAAACUGAUCCUGCAGUUUCUGGCAGCCAUCAGCGGGCAGCACUCCUGGAUCGAGCAGCAGGUGCUGGAGGCAAAUCCCAUCCUGGAAGCCUUUGGAAAUGCUAAAACCAUCCGAAACGACAACUCAAGCCGCUUUGGGAAGUACAUCGACAUCCACUUCAACAAAAGAGGAGCCAUAGAGGGAGCAAAGAUCGAACAGUACCUUCUGGAGAAAUCCAGAGUGUGUCGACAGGCCCGUGAUGAGAGAAACUACCACAUUUUCUACUGUAUGCUGAAGGGAAUGACUCCAGACCAGAAGAAGCAGCUGGGUUUGAGUAAAGCCACAGACUACACUUACCUCACUAUAGGGAACUGCACUGUUUGUGACGGUCGAGAUGAUCAGAAGGAAUACUCUAACAUCAGAUCAGCCAUGAAGGUGCUCAUGUUCACAGAUAAGGAGAACUGGGAGAUCUCCAAGCUGCUGGCUGCUAUUCUGCACAUGGGCAACCUCCGCUACGAGGCCCGCACAUAUGAUAACCUGGACGCCUGUGAGGUGGUGCGCUGCUCAGCUCUCACCACCGCUGCUGUUUUACUAGAGGUGGACUUGAAGGAUCUGAUGAACUGUUUGACCAGCCGAACUAUAAUAACCCGUGGAGAGACGGUGUCUACUCCGCUCAGCAUUGAACAGGCAUUGGACGUGAGAGACGCUUUUGUUAAGGGCAUUUAUGGCCGUUUGUUUGUGUGGAUUGUUGAGAAAAUCAACGCAGCCAUUUAUAAACCUCCAUCUCUGGAGCUGAAAGCAGUGCGAAGAUCCAUCGGCCUAUUAGAUAUCUUCGGCUUCGAGAACUUCAUGGUUAACAGCUUUGAGCAGCUGUGCAUUAACUUUGCCAAUGAAAACCUGCAGCAGUUUUUCGUCCGUCAUGUGUUCAAGCUGGAGCAGGAGGAAUAUAACCUGGAGAACAUCAACUGGCAGCACAUCGAGUUCACAGACAACCAGGACGCUUUAGACAUGAUCGCCAUAAAGCCCAUGAACAUCAUCUCGCUCAUCGACGAGGAGAGCAAGUUUCCAAAGGGCACAGACACCACCAUGCUGAACAAACUCAACUCUCAACACAAGCUCAACACAAACUACAUCCCACCCAAAAACACCUAUGAAACACAGUUCGGCAUCCAGCACUUUGCUGGAGUGGUGUACUACGAGACCAGAGGUUUUCUGGAGAAGAAUCGAGACACUCUGCAUGGUGACAUCAUUCAGCUCGUUCACUCCUCCAAAAACAAGUUCAUCAAGCAGAUCUUUCAGGCGGAUGUCGCUAUGGGAGCAGAGACCCGCAAGCGUUCUCCGACUCUGAGCAGUCAGUUCAAGCGUUCUCUGGAGCUGUUAAUGCGCACACUGAGCGUCUGCCAGCCGUUCUUCGUCCGCUGCAUCAAACCCAAUGAAUACAAGAAACCCAUGCUCUUUGAUCGUGAGCUGUGUGUGCGGCAGCUCCGUUAUUCUGGCAUGAUGGAGACCAUCCGGAUUCGCCGGGCCGGAUACCCCAUUCGAUACACGUUUGUGGAGUUUGUGGACCGGUACCGUGUUUUAAUGCCUGGAGUGAAACCUGCUUACAAACAGGAGGACCUGAGAGGAACCUGUCAGCGUAUUGCUGAAGCUGUAUUGGGCCGUGAUGAUGACUGGCAGAUGGGGAAAACUAAAAUAUUCCUCAAGGACCAUCAUGACAUGCUGCUGGAGAUUGAAAGGGAUAAGGCCAUUACUGAUAAGGUCAUUCUCAUUCAGAAAGUUGUACGAGGAUUCAAGGACAGAUCCAACUUCCUGAAGAUGAAGAAAUCAGCUAUGCUAAUCCAGAAGACAUGGCGAGGUUAUUACUGCCGGAAGAACUACGGAGCGAUGCGUGGCGGUUUCUCACGUCUGCAGGCGCUAUAUAGAUCUCGCAAACUCUACCAGACGUAUCAUGUGGCACGGCAGAGAAUCAUGCUCUUCCAGGGCCGAUGCAGAGGUUUUCUGGUGCGCAGAGCGUUUCGCCACCGCCUGUGGGCUGUGAUCACAAUCCAGGCAUAUACGAGAGGAAUGAUCGCCCGCCGGCUCUACAAACGACUCAAAGGAGAGUACCGGCGACGUUUGGAGGCCGAAAAGUUGCGUCUGGCCGAAGAGCAGAAGCUCAGGAAUCAAAUGAGCGCCAGAAAAGCCAAAGAAGAAGCUGAAAAGAUGCAUCAGGAGAGAUUGGCACAGCUGGCGCGAGAAGACGCCGAACGGGAGAAGAAGGAGCGGCAGGAGGCUCGCAGGAAAAUGGAGAUGUUGGACCAGAUGGAGAAAGCCAGACAGGAGCCAGUCAACGAUUCUGAUAUGGUGGACAAGAUGUUCGGCUUCCUGGGAACCACAAACUCUUUCCCUGGUCAGGAAGGUCAAGCGCCUGCUGGGUUUGAGGAUCUGGAGCGAACACACCGGGAGCUGGAGGUGGAGGAUCUAGACGAGUCUCUUCCACUCCCGGAGGACGAUCUGGAGGACCUGUCCGAGUACAAAUUCGCCAAGUUUUCUGCCACAUAUUUCCAGGGCACGAGCACACACACGUACAUGAGGCGGCCAUUAAAACAGCCAUUACUGUUUCAUGAGGAUGAAGGAGAUCAGCUGGCGGCUCUGGCCGUGUGGAUCACCGUCCUGCGCUUCAUGGGUGACCUUCCCGAACCCAAAUACCACACGGCCAUCAGCGACGGCAGCGAGAAGAUCCCUGUCAUGACCAAAAUCUACGAGACACUCGGAAAGAAAACCUACAAGAGGGAACUGCAGGCACUGCAGGGAGAAGGAGAGAACACUAACAUUGAGAGUCACAAGAAGAGCAGCGUGCGGCACAAACUGGUGUCGCUCACCCUGAAGAAGAAGUCUAAAAUUACAGAGGAGGUAACCAAGCGUUUAAAUGACGGGGAAUACACUGUUCAUGGAAACAGCAUGUUGGAGGAUCGACCCACGUCCAAUCUGGAGAAACUGCACUUUAUCAUCGGCAACGGCAUCCUGCGUCCAGGCCUGAGAGAUGAGAUCUACUGUCAGAUCUGUAAACAGCUGAACCAGAAUCCGUCUAAAAGCAGUCACGCUCGCGGCUGGAUCCUCAUGUCUCUGUGCGUCGGCUGCUUUGCUCCCUCUGAGAAGUUUGUCAAGUAUCUGAGGAACUUCAUCAGUGAAGGUCCACCAGGUUACGCUCCUUACUGUGAGGAGAGACUGAGGAGAACGUUUGUGAAUGGAACAAGAACACAGCCGCCGUCCUGGCUCGAGCUUCAGGCCACAAAAUCGAAGAAGCCCAUAAUGCUGCCGGUGACUUUUAUGGAUGGCACAACGAAAACUCUGCUGACAGACUCUGCCACUACAGCUAAAGAGCUCUGCAAUGCUCUGUCUGACAAGAUCAGCCUUCAGGACCGCUUCGGCUUCUCCCUCUACAUCGCACUCUUUGAUAAGGUUUCGUCUCUGGGCAGCGGUAAUGAUCACGUGAUGGACGCCGUGUCUCAGUGUGAACAGUACGCUAAAGAGCAGGGCGCACAGGAGCGAAACGCCCCCUGGAGACUCUUCUUCAGGAAGGAGAUCUUCACGCCGUGGCACGACCCAGCUGAGGACGCUGUCGCCACAAACCUCAUUUACCAGCAGAUCGUACGCGGCGUCAAGUUUGGUGAAUACCGCUGUGAUCGGGAGGAUCUGGCGGAGCUGGCGUCGCAGCAGUAUUAUGUAGAUUACGGCUCUGAGAUCCUCGUUGAGAGACUGUUGAGUCUGAUUCCCUCCUACAUCCCGGACAGAGAGAUCAGCUCGGCCAAGACUGUGGAGAGAUGGGCUCAGUUCAUCAUGGCUGCGCACAAGAAGGGCGUCUACACUCAGAAGAGGGUGGAUCCUCAGAAAGUCAAGGAGGAAGUUGUUGAUUUUGCACGUUAUAAGUGGCCUUUAUUAUUCUCCAGAUUCUACGAGGCCUUCAAGUUUUCAGGUCCUAGUUUACCCAAGAAUGAUGUGAUCGUGGCUGUAAACUGGACCGGUGUGUAUUUUGUGGACGAGCAGGAGCAGGUUCUUCUGGAGCUCUCCUUCCCAGAGAUCACAGCCGUGUCCAGCAGCAAAGGCGGGAAACUUCAGGCUCAGAGCUUCACUUUGGCCACCAUUAAAGCAGACGAGUUCACCUUCACCUCUAAUAAUGCAGAGGACAUUCGGGACCUGGUGGUCACUUUCCUGGAGGGGCUGCGCAAGAGGUCAAAGUUCGUCGUGGCCUUGCAGGACAAUCCCAGUCCAGCUGCUGAUGACUCCACAUUCCUGAGUUUCCUAAAGGGGGAUCUGAUCGUUCUGGACCAGGACACCGGUGAGCAGGUCAUGACGUCCGGCUGGGCUCACGGCACCAACGACAGGACAAAACAGAGAGGAGACUUUCCCGCGGACUGCGUUUACGUGCUGCCCACCGUGGUCAGACCACCGCACGAUGUCGUGGCUUUUGUCACGAUGACCCCAGAUCAGCGUCAGGAGUCGCUCCGCAUCUCACACGUCCCAGCACUGACUGAGACGGAGGAGAGGGUAAAGCCCUACACGCUGGAGGAGUUCUCCUACGACUACUUCCGGCCUCCUCCUAAACACACUCUGAGUCGAGUGAUGAUCACCAAGAACCGAGGGAAGGAUAAACUGUGGUGCUGCACUCGAGAGCCCAUCAAACAGGCGCUGCUGAAGAAGUGUGGGGGACACGAGGAGCUCUCACAGGAGGCUUGCAUGGCUUUCAUCGCAGUAAUGAAGUAUAUGGGUGAUUAUCCGUCUAAACGCACACGCUCAGUGAACGAGCUCACGGAUCAGAUCUUUGAAGGAGCGCUGAAGGCUGAACCACUCAAAGACGAGAUUUACUGUCAGAUCCUUAAACAGCUGACAGAAAACCACAUCAAGUACAGUGAGGAGAAGGGCUGGGAGCUGCUCUGGCUGUGUGUUGGUCUCUUUCCUCCCAGUAAUGUCCUCUUACCACACGUCCAGCGCUUUCUACAGUCCAAGAAACAUCAUCCUCUGGCUCUGGACUGCAUGCAAAGACUACAAAAAGCCUUACGGAACGGCUCCAGGAAAUAUCCUCCUCACCUAGUGGAGGUGGAGGCCAUUCAACACAAAACCACGCAGAUCUUUCACAAGGUUUACUUCCCUGAUGACACAGAUGAGGCAUUUGAGGUGGAGUCCAGCACAAAGGCUAAAGAUUUCUGUCUGAACAUCUCCAGCAGACUCUUACUCAAAACACCAGAAGGCUUUAGUCUGUUUGUCAAGAUCUCUGACAAGGUGAUCAGUGUGCCUGAGGGGGAUUUCUUCUUCGACUUUGUCCGCCAUUUGACCGAUUGGAUAAAGAAAGCAAGACCUGCUAAAGAUGGUAUAGUGCCUUCACUGACCUACCAGGUGUUCUUCAUGAAGAAGCUAUGGACAACCACCGUUCCAGGCAAAGACUCCUUUGCAGACUCCAUCUUCCACUAUUAUCAGGAGCUUCCUAAAUAUCUGCGAGGAUAUCACAAGUGUUCCAGGGAGGAGGUUUUCCAGCUCGGCGCUCUGAUCUAUCGAGUUAAAUUUGAGGACGACAAAUCCCACUUUCCCAGCAUUCCCAAAAUGCUGAAGGAGAUGAUUCCUCAAGACCUGAUUCGCCAGCUCUCACCCGACGACUGGAAAAGGUCGAUUGUGGCGUACUUCAACAGGCAUGCUGGGAAAUCAAGAGAGGAAGCCAAGCUGAUGUUUCUGAAGAUCAUUUUCAAAUGGCCCACGUUUGGUUCAGCCUUUUUUGAAGUUAAACAAACCACUGAGCCGCACUUCCCUGAGAUCCUGCUGAUCGCCAUCAACAAAUAUGGAGUCAGUCUGAUCGACCCCAAAAACAAGGACAUUUUAACCACAUAUCCCUUCACCAAAAUCUCCAACUGGAGCAGCGGCAACACGUACUUCCACAUCACAAUCGGCAACCUGGUUCAGGGUAGCAAACUCCUGUGUGAGACCUCACUGGGCUAUAAAAUGGACGACCUGUUGACCUCCUACAUUAGCCAGAUGCUUACCACCAUGAGCAAACAGCGAAACUCGCGCGGCGGCAGCAGCAAGUGAACGUUUGAUUGGCUGGAGGCGGUGGAGCUAGUGCGUCUGCUGCGUCCCAUUGGCCAGCCCUGCAGCUGGGGGCGGGCCUUCGCGGCGCAACUGUGGCGGAUGAGCAGAACUCCCUCUGCCAGCACACAGAGCUCAAUGUACCCGGAUGAAGACUCUUCCUCUGAGGACGACUACCUCUGAACACACACACAAACACACGGAUUCAUCCGUUCUCCAGAAUAUUCUUCAGAUGCGCAAUUUAGGUACCGUUUAUUACGUUUUGUGAGUCGAAUAUAAACUGCAAUGGCUUCUAUGCAUCCCAAACUGCUUUAAAGAGGCAGUGUUUGGGUUAUUUAUGUGUAAAUGCACUAAGAAAACAACAUGUGCACGACUUCCUGAAGAGUAAUUGAUUGAUUAUUUUUAAUGGCGGCAGAAAUAUCUUUUAUAAUGGUUUAAAUGUUAGUUUGUGUUCUGUUUUAGGAGGUUGUGAUUUAAAUGUUGUGUUUUUAAAAAGAUUAUUUGUUGCACUGCAGGCCUUAAUAGGUUUUUGUUUGGGGGGGGAUAUGAGUAACUGCUUUUUUUUAACAGUACAUGAUCAGCAUUCGUCCUCUAGUCUGUUGCUAAAAUCUAAUUUCCAGCUUAAUUGAAGAUUAAACUUAAUAUAGAUCAAGUGUACUUUGGGAGGGAAAAUGAGAAUGACGAAAAUGAAUGGCCUUAUUUAAAAAUGAAUAUGAAAAUGCGUCUAUAUUAAUGCUUCAGGCUGAUUUAUACUUCUGCGUCCAGUGAUCGAUGUGACUCACGGUGUCUGCAUUGUGCAUAGUCGUGCAUUUAUACUUCUGCGUGCUGUUUGUGUUGCUCUGCAAUAACACUUCUGAAACACUAGCUGGCAGUAGGUGUUGAUGUUCCUCUGUGUCGUGUUUCUUCGCUGGUGUUUUGUUUUUGCUGAGCGCUACCGUAAUCUACAAGUAGCUAAAAACAAGCAGAGGCGGGAACCGGCGGACACGCAACCACCGAAAGUGGCGAGAGCGUCAAAGUAGCUGGAAGUAAUUCAUUUUCAAUGAGAGCCGGCGCCGAUAAGCGGCGAGUAGCAGCGCGGCGCGUCUUCGC